AUGGGUGAAAACGUUUCAGUAAAUGGCAAUAACAACGCAAAAAGACCAAUUCGUAUCGCAGGUGCCUCAGGAGGGUUUACUGAUCGCCAACGCGCUAUCUACUCCCUCGCCCAAUGCGAUGUUGAUGUUAUUGUUGGCGACUGGAUGAGCGAAUGUACUAUGUCCUGGCAUGGAGCGGCGAAAUCUGCCAUACUCGCGAAGGGCGAUACUUCAGACCGACCGGGCCUCUUCGACCCAUCAUUUAUGGCCAACUUGACACCUGCUCUACCACUAUUGGCGGAGAAAAAGAUCAAAUUGGCAGUCAAUGCCGGAGCCAGUGACACAGAGAUAUUAGCUAAAGAGGUGGAGAGAGCAAUUUCUUCGGCUGGAUUGGAAGGGAAAUUGAAGGUUGCUUGGAUCCAAGGGGAUGAGGUGCUCGACGUUGUGAAUAAACUUCUCAAGGAAGGUGAGAAAUUCGAGAAUAUCUGUUUUGGGGGAGAACUCAAGGAUUGGGGAUUUAAACCUAUUGCUGCACAGUCAGUAUCAUUACUUUUAAUCUCGAGCUUUCACUAAAACUGGAACAGAUGUUAUUUGGGAGGUGCUGGUAUUGCUGAAGCUCUCAGACAAGGUGCCGAUAUAGUAAUAUGUGGACGUGUAGCGGAUGCAGCUCCAACAAUCGGGGCUUCGAUGUGGUGGCAUGGGUGGAACAGAGACCAAGAUUUCGAUCAAUUAGCUGGUUCUCUUGUUGCUGGGCACUUAAUAGAGUGUUCCUCUUACGUUUGUGGUGGUUAUUAUUCCGGGUUCAAGGAACUCUUCGAUGGUUGUGAAAACAUUGGGUUUCCAAUUGCUGAAGUAUUUGCCGAUGGAAGCUCUGCCAUCACCAAGGAACCAGGAACCGGUGGUGAGAUAUCACUUGGCACCGUUUCUUCACAGUUGCUUUACGAGAUUCAAGGCCCACAGUAUUAUGGUUCAGGUGAGUAUCUAGUUUCUCCUAAUCAAUGUAUUCUUUUGGCAGACCUGGCAUCGAAAGACCUGAUGGUCCUCUUAUACGCUUUUGAUACAUCUCCUUCUAAGCUUGACACAAAGAGAAAUCCUAAUUCUGGUAUGAUUUAGAUGUUGUAGCUGUGAUUGAAGGCAUUGAAAUGGUGCAAGACGGAAAGGAUCGGGUGCUCGUCACUGGCAUCAAAGGGAAACCCCCUCCGACCACAACAAAAGUUCGCCUUACAGCCCAUGGUGGUUAUCAAGCCGAGUUUCACUUUAUUCUUGUGGGACUCGAUCCUGAGCAAAAGGCAGAAUGGACAGAGAGACAGGUUCGGGCGUCGAUGGGCAAAAACACGGAUCGUUUCUCCUGUCUCAAAUUCACACUCAACGGAUACUGCCCAGAAGAUCAUAGAAAUCAGGACGUUGCAACAGUGGAUUUCCGCGUCUUUGCACAAACUAAAGACCGAUCUCUUGUCAUCAAAGACACAAUCGAAGUACCUGGCUUCAACAGAUGGUGCUUGGAGAACUUUCUGCAAUCCUGCCCUGGAGCAACCAUAGAAAAUGAAAUUCGACAGUCCGCUGUGAAGGAGUUCUAUGAAUACUGGGCUGCAUUGCUUCCCCAAAAAGAAGUAAAUCAUCAAGUCAAGUUGAUGUGGGAUCAUAAAACGAUCGAUAUUGCUCCGUCACCGGCCAUGGAACUAUAUACUACCCGCCAAUGGUCCUAUGAAACUUCAACUCCCGUCGCCCUCUCUACUUUCGGUCCAACAACACGCUGUCCACUUGGUUUCCGUGUGCUAGGGAGAUCUGGGGACAAAGCUUCUGAUGCCAACCUUGGACUGUUUGUUCGUGAAGAUGAUGAAUGGGAAUGGCUUAGGUCAUUCCUAACUAUUCCGAAGAUCAUUCAAUUGCUGGGGCCAGAGUAUAAUAAUAAGCCGGUAGAGCGGUUUGAAAUUCCCGGAAUAAAAGCUGUACAUUUUCUCUUGCACGAUCAUCUUGAUCGCAGUUACAAUGCGACAAGCACAUAUGAUGGAUUGGGCAAGAACUUAUGCGAGUAUUUGAGGGCAAAACAUGUGGAUAUUCCGAAUUCAUUUUUGAGAAGAGGAAGAAUUUGA